AUGUCGCUAAAACUGUCCGACCUUCUACCUGCACCGUCUUCGAUCACAGACGAAUAUUCACAAGUGCGAAGAGAUCCUUGGUUCCGCGGGCGAGAAGAUGCAUUACCUUCUACCGCCAUUGUUGUAAAAGAACCGCCUCCUUAUGGGAAACGUCAAGGUUUCAAACCGCGCACACCCGAAGACUACGGCGAUGGCGGAGCAUUCCCAGAGAUCCACUUUGCUCAGUUUCCGCUUGGUAUGGGCAUGGGAGAACGAAAAGGAAAAAGUGAGGGUCAAAUCGCAUUGCAGUAUGACGCAGACGGAAAAUUAAGGCAUGACGCUAUUGCGAGAAUCGGCCACGAUAAAAAUAAGAUUGUUUAUACAAAAUUAUCCGAUAUGCGUGCCAAAGUCUGGGAUGAAGAGGAUGAGGACAUACAACGCCCCGAUGAAGAAACAAUUGCAGAACAGACAGAGAAGACAAGAUUGGCUUUGGAAAAGAUCACUGAGAGCAAGGUGGGCAACUUCAAAUGUAUCAUUGCUAGUCUGCUGUUCCAAAUCUCGAAUGAAUGUGCU